GCACAUGUGGUAAUAUAUCGACAUUUAAAAAUGUUAUUAUCUAUGUGUCGUGUGUUCGUUUUAUCUUGUUCAAAUAGUGACACAGAAAAAACUGGAAUGUAAUGAUUAUCUGUCAAUAAGUAAAACAACAUAAAUAUGGAUGUUAAAGAAUUAGUGUGUUGGUCUUGUGUCGGAAUUUGUUCUUUGCUACUAAUAAUUUGUGGGGGGAGUGCCCAAGUUCACCGUAUCUCAUACUGCAGAGACCAACCUUUUUUCACCACUGGAUGCUCAAGCGACAUUGACAACCCUGCGUUGAUCAUACACAAUGUCACCUAUGGAUACUCGAAUAUUUCAUCAACCAACUGCACCGAUCCACUUGAGGAUGUAUGCGAAGAGCCAAUGUCUUCAAUCCAACUGCAGAACGAAUUUCAGAAGCUUUCCUCCAUGCCAAGCUACCCUGCAAACCAGAUACCGCAAACCACAGCACCAAAGCAUUGCGCUGGCUUUACAAGACAGCAGCCGGCUAUGAUGAUCUACUAUCUAGAGUGUGUCCCAUAUAGCAGCAUUGCAAGGGACAUGUGUACAGAGGGCAGUGUGACAGGACCGCGCGUGUCUGUGAUGAACGACAACUACCCCGGACAAAGGGAUCGAGCGCCCUACCACCUGUGUAAAUGCGAAAUCUUCGGACCCGAGAGCGAAGUGGUCGUGGAAAAACUGGGUUCGAGACUAAACUGUUCAGAUCAGCAUCUUACACAGAACCUGACGCUCUACGGUCAUAAUGAGAGUCAAUUGUACACGUGGGAAUGCGAUACAUUUGUUUUUGGCCAAACAUUCAAUUUAAGUGGCAGCAACUGGACACUGGUAUGGAAUGGUCAUAUAAAUGGACCCUUUGGGAAUUUCUGGAUCGGAUUCAAAGCUAAAGACAACACAAAUAUAACAAUAUCCUGCCGACCAAUACCGGAUCCAACCACAACCACCUCGACAACCACCACAGCUACCACAACCACAACUAUAACCACAACCCACAUCACGGCUACCAUACUCCAUAAUGGUACACAGCAAAGGGAUACUGACGGAUCCUUACACGUCAACGCUACACCGACCGGAAACAGUCACGUGGUCACCACGGAGAUGCAAGAUCAGACCACUACAAGUUUAUGGCUCUAUGUGGGCGGGGGUGCCUGCGGCCUAGUGGUCCUCAUAGUGGUUAUCUCCGUGGUGGUCUGUGUGCGCAGGAGAGGACAACCACAGAUUAUCGAGUUGGACUCAAUCAAACUACCACCCGAAAUCAUUCCGGAAACGACGGGCUCCAGGAUAGAACCGAAGAUUCCAAGGCAUCCUGACAAGCGUUCCGGAGGACAUCGGUCGGCCAGCGAGGUCGGAAACAUUGUCGAACAUCGGCGGUCGAGUACUUCGAAACAACAUGACGAGGCGUCAUCGAGUAAACGAAGAUCCGACUCAAUUGAACUGAAGACAAAAGACGAACGAGUCAAACACCGACGAGAAUACGCCAAUGAUUCACAUGUGACAAAACAAGACGGCUAUGAUCCACCCAGAAGAUCAGAAAAACGGACCAAAAGACAGAGAUCAACUGAGGAGAAAGGCACACAUAAAGAGAGAGAAGAUCAAAUGCCGGGAACAUCGUCACGUCCGGCGGAAUCUGUCAGUAAUCCUAGAUCUGAUCCUAGUGCGCGAGACAACCAGGUGAAGCGCGACAAGCGAAGCCAUCGAAAAUAAAACAAAGGGAGACAACCUCGCGACAGGCAACGUACUUCGUGAGGGACCUAUCCGAGCAAUAGCAGUCUUUGCCCGAGCGAUACUGAACAAAGGUCGAGCUAUGACGUUUUCUUAAAGAUGAAAGUUUAAAUUACACAAUUAUACACAUACAAGAACAGACUUGUUUAUUUUAUAAGUUUAGUUAUAAUCCUUCAGAUAACUGUAGAGAUAUUGUACAUCAUUUAAUUAUAUAUGUUCUUUUACUAAUUGAUUUCUUUUUUCUCUGAUUAUAUCAAUAGUGUAUAUAAAUUGAGGAAUAUGAAAUUGUUACUGCACUUUAUAUAGUUAUUGUAUGUUUUUUUUCGAAUAUAUUUAUACAAUGUUAUAGUAGUUAUUAAAAUUACCUGUUAAAUUUCAUUCCUUAAUACCGUACUGUAUGCGGUUCCGUUUGAUAGUAAGGUUUUGCGGUGUUUAACAAGUAAAAAUAACAUAAACUCUUGUAAAUAGAUAUGGACACAUUUCUAACAUAUAUACGAGAAUAGACAAUAUAUUUCAAUUAUUUAAAGCAAAUGGGGACUUGUCCAACUUCGAAUAUAGUUGACCGUUAUUUUAGUCUGACCCUUAACGAAGAAUCGUCCGCGUUUGACAAAUUUCAUGACCGGGGUUUAAGUCUGGAAGGGGAAUCGUCAGUCUAGCCAUAUUUCAUGAACUGGGUUAUAGUAUUUAAUGUUAUUCGUCCGCCUUUUAAAAUUCAAUGGCCGGGGUUAAGUCCGGACGGGGAAAUUGUCCGGAUAUCAGAAUCAACCGCGGGUUAAUUUGCUUUACAUAAAAGUUUAACCCAUUUAUGCCUAGCGUAUAGAAAAAAGGCCUUGGCAAACAUAAUGCGGCGUCUCAUCUGGGUCUGCGCUGUUUGCUUAAAGGAAUUUCUGUAAGAAAUAUUCUAAAUAUAGAAAUAAAUAUACUAGACAUCCCUAAUUGAUUCAAUUUAGAAGGAUGGGAGAUUCCACAAUGCAUUAAUGGGUACAUAGAUUCGUACGAGAUCGCUUAUACAAGAGGAAUACUCUAGUAAUUAAUCUUAUCGAUUUGUUGUUUUUCCAGCUAGAAAGUAUUAUAUUGUUGAUGAAUUUGUUCUGAAGAUCAAUAUGAUCAAUGGCUAGAUCAUGGCAUAAAGUAAUUGAUUUUUAUCCAUUCGCAUUGUGUAUGAUAAUAUGUUGUUGCUUUACUUUUCCGUGAUUAGUUGCAUGGCACAUAGCUAAAGUGUAAACUUAAUGUUUUAGAAUAUAAGCGGCAUUUAUA